CUUUCUCACCGUCGUCUCGCCUUUUUUGACAUCCACAUCUACAUCCACAUCUACAUCCACCUUCCACCAUCGCCGAGUCCACUCGCCCUUCUUUCGCCCUUCUUUCGCCCUUCUCUCUCUCUCUCGUCCCCCCCCUCUCUCCCUCUCACUCACUCUCUCCCCUCGACCGCCUCGAACCGCCUCGAACCGCUCACCGAGAGUCCAACGAUCAAUCUCCCUCCGUUCCCCUUGCUCCCGUCUCUCGCCUCCAGCCACACGCCGCCUCCAGAAACAAGAGGCUCCCUCUCUCUCUCUCUCUCUAUCCGACCUACCUCCGUCCUCUUCCGUUCUUCUCUUUGUCAACUCUCCGUCACAUCCCGUCCGCCGAUCCGAUUCUCCACAAAAAAGAGACCCCUCUCGAUCCUCGUCCCGUCCCGAACCGCCGACCGUCCGCCUCCGCUCACUACUACACACAAACAAGCCACACAAUGUCCGGCCUCGACGCGCCCGAGAUCGCCGCCGCCUACGACGCCGUCCGCUCCGACAAGGAUGACACCAACUGGCUCCUCAUCUCGUACGCCAGCGCCGUCGGCAACAAGCUGAGCCUCACCAAGACGGGCACCGGCGGCCUGUCCGAGCUGGCCUCGGAGCUCGACGACUCCCAGGUCCAGUACGCCUACGUGCGCGUCGAGUACGCCAACGACGCCGAGAGCACCCGCGUCAAGUUCGCCUUCGUCAUCUGGAUCGGCGAGAACACAAAGAUCAUGCGCAAGGCCCGCGUCAGCAUCGAGAGCGGCGAGGUCAAGAGGGUCCUGCCCCACCAUAGCAUCACCGUCAACGCGAGCGACAAGGGCGACCUGGACGAGGACGACAUCGUUAAGCGAUUACGCAAGGCCGGCGGCGCCGACUACAACGGCGGCCGCGGUUAGACGCCCACCUCGCCCUUGGACCACACGGUCUCAAUACCUACCUACCUUUAUUCAUCUUCAUUUCU